AUGACUGGACGCGGCAAAGGUGGCAAGGGCCUCGGCAAGGGCGGAGCCAAGCGUCACCGCAAGAUCUUGCGUGACAACAUCCAGGGUAUCACCAAGCCCGCUAUCCGCCGUCUUGCGCGUCGUGGUGGUGUCAAGCGUAUCUCAGCCAUGAUCUACGAGGAGACCCGUGGUGUGCUGAAGACCUUCCUGGAGGGUGUCAUCCGUGACGCCGUCACAUACACUGAGCACGCCAAGCGCAAGACUGUCACCUCGCUCGAUGUUGUCUACGCCCUCAAGCGUCAAGGCCGCACCCUGUACGGUUUCGGUGGUUAA